AUGGUCGUUCUUGUUCGAUUUCUCGUCGUUGUGAUAUUAUUCGGUUUCGUUCUAGCUGGAUUCUAUAAUAUCUACUUUCAUGGGGCAAAGAACGACUGCUACAUAACGUAUAUGUAUGAAAUGCCGCAGUACGUUCCCGUUCCUCUCUCUGCCAACGUCAGUCAAGCGUUUCCUACGUAUGGCCUCUACUACUACACGGAAGGAAAAAUGCCAGAAACACUACCCCGCUUUAGUGGAGUUCCUGUUCUCUUCAUACCUGGAAAUGCAGGAAGUCACAAAGAAGUGCGCUCAAUGGCAUCUGUUUCUCUUCGUAUGUUUGCGCCAGGUACUCAGUCUAAUCAUUUCGACUACUUUACUGUAAGUCUGAAUGGAGAACUCUCCGGUCUCUAUGGUGGAGUGUUACAUAACCAGGCAACAUAUGUGUCACUCUGUAUACAACACGUAUUGUCCCUGUAUAAUCAAUCCCCACGUCCAUCAGUGUUUCUUCUGGGUCACUCGGCUGGCGGUAUUGUAGCAAAAUAUAUGCUUGGUUUGCCAGACGUUGACCUAUCUGCAGUCAACACCAUUCUAACUCUUGGGACUCCCAAUGCUUUUCCAGUUCUUUCACUGGAUGAACAUCUUGUACAAGUGACGGUUAGUGCCGACAUGGCUAUGAAAAGACACAAUUCACUUUUGGUUAUGGCUAUUGGUGGUGGGAUUCGAGAUCGUCAAGUACGUUCUGGACUGACUCGUCUGCCCAAGAGCUAUCGGAGGUUAUCAAUGGUCUCCACAGCUCUUGCACACGUGUGGGUAACGGUCGAUCAUAAUUGCCUUGUCUGGUGCAAGCAGAUGGUCAUUAAUUUCAAUCGAGCUUUGUUUCAAUUAAUUGAUGCAAAUACGCAUCAGUUAGUCAUCAACUUGGAUUAUCGCGUUCAACACUGGAAACGAUGGUUGCUUCAUCCCAAGUUACCCGCUUUGUCGAAUUUUGCAUACAAAGUGGUUGUUGAGAUCACAUAUUUGCCUUGGAGCUUACCACAAAAUCGUGCGACGUCAAUAUUUUUUCAAUAUCAACUUACCAACUUGGAUACCUCUGAUGUGAUCAUAGUGAUAAGCAAUAUUCCAUUAGCAGCAUGGAUAUAUGGCUGUAGUUUGACAGACUCACUGAAACCUGCUUGUCACAACGCUUCCAGUUUAGACCACACAACUCUCCCACCAUCGUACGGUGUAGUGAAAAUGGCUUUGUUUGAAGCAAGACAUCUUGCUGCGUAUUCUCAUCUUGGAGUGUGGGCAUCACAAGCUACACACACAAAGCUCGGAACGUCUGUAUUUGCUAAACUGUACACUACAAACAAGUCAAUCUAUCAUAACUUCUAUGUGCCCAUAGUAAAUCUAUGGUCGUCUCACUCUGUAAAUAACGGCGAAGUUUAUGCGGUCAUACGUUUGCAUGGAUUGGAGCACAUUUGGCAAGUGUAUACAAUCACGGCCAUGCAAGAUGCUAAUUGCAGUGAACAGAACGGUGUCCCACUGCUUCUUCAAAAGCACGUGCCCUGGUACCACGAAGACGAGUUCUCACCAUCGGGAGGCAACGUCGUCAACUUGACGAUUCGAUUACAGUCCGCUCGUGCACCAGGAAGUAGACAAGUCGUCGAAUUGAGAUUAUACAAGGAUCCAGACUGUGACGUACUGCUCAAUGUGAGAGUUGACUUUAUGGGCGUGUUAGGACAACUGAUGAGAUUUUAUGCUUCACUCCUUGUAUCAUUAACCUUAUGUAUUCUCUUGGUAAAGUGUGCUAUAUCUUCAACUUUUGUCGAACAAUCGGAUGUAAACUUUGCUCUGUGGUGGGUUGUAUCAAUGAUGUUGAUCACAACUGUGUGGCUAUUUUGCGAUGUUUUUGCAAUGAUCGCCAGGAUACUACCCGACAGUAUUGAACCAAACCUCGAUUGGAGGGAGGAGUCACACAGCAUUGUUUUGACUGAUAUAACGUGGCCUGUUCUAGUGUUUAUGUUGUCGGUCUCGUGGAGCAUAGCAGCCAUAUUGGAAUUUAUACUCUACGUUGUUGGUUACUUGAUUGCUAAAAUCGUUGCACUGAUUCCAUUGAUAUUAAUGAAGCGAUUGACUCUUGUAGAAGUUUUGAGUGUGACAGCAUUAAUGUAUGUGCCGAUGUUUGAACUUGCACUUGUGUUGGCCAUUCAAAUCUAUUUUAUUGGAAAUUUAUCUUCAGGAUUGAGGACAAGGGGUUUACGACAUUCUCUAUGUUCUUUUUGUGUUCUCAUCGGGAUGCUGCAAAUGCCGGCCAUUAUUGCCAAACUAACGAAGCAUUUGUGGACAUGGACACCACCGACACAUUUUACCAUUUAUACAGUCGCAAGAAUUGUUGCUUCUAUUUGUCUUCUUUUCAGUAAGAAAGAGAUACAGAGGAAGUCGUUAAUGCAUUGCAUCUGUUUUUUACUAGGAGCAAUGCUCAUUGUCUUAUACUGCGCAUGCUCACUACAUCGCGCUGUUAUAGUGUUGGCUAUAUUGUUACUGUGUGAUCUAAUAUGAAAAUUGAUUAUAAAUAUUUUGUGUCAGAUUUUACAUUAAA